AUGGAGAAGAUGGAAUCGCUGUCGCCCACGAACAGUGGGAGCGGUGCGGGGAUCAGUCCCGGGUCCUCUCGAGAGGGCAGUCAGGGUGCUUUGAGCAAUGUUGUGAAGAAGAGCAGCCAUAGUAAUUCUGCGAUAUCUUUUCAGAGGAAAGUGGAAGUAUUUGGUUCUGACUGUGACGAGGAAGAGGAUAGGAUGAUUCCUGAUACUGAGGAUGAAGCUAUUGCUAGUCCGAGAAAGAACUAUUUGAAGAGCAAGUACGUUGGUAUUGGACAAGACGACGACGAUGACGAAGAAGAUGAAGAUGACGAGGAAUCUCGGGACCAGCUUGGUGCACAUAUCUUGUCGUCACUGCCUUCUUUCAAGAGGCGGCCACUGAGUGACACGCCAGUGGCUAGUAUGUGGAAUUCGCCUAGCGGUUCAGCCGAGGCUACCCCUUCGUCUUCCAGAGAAAGUAGUACUCUGAGCCUGGUGCAACUGAACCAGGCAUUACAAAACUCUAAGAUCAAUGCAAACUUAAACAAAACGGUGCCAUCGGAAGGAUUCACAAUGGGUCCAACAGAUAUAAUUUCCCCUAAAUCGCCCUCUCCAAAUGAAGCCAGCCCCGGUUUGGUAAAGUCGCCUUCGCAAUUCUACCAUCCAAAGAGGAGACCUACUACAAUUGAUGUUCCUGGGUUGACCAAAUCCAAGACCUCGCCUGAUGGAUUGAUUUCAAAGGAGGAUCCAGGUUCUAAAUUAGUUAUUGUUAUGGUAGGCUUACCCGCUACAGGUAAAUCGUUCAUCACAAACAAACUAUCAAGGUAUUUGAAUUACUCGAUGUAUUACUGUCAAGUUUUUAAUGUUGGUAACACUAGGAGAAAAUAUGCUAAGCAGAUGGGCUUGUCUGAACAAGACUCCUCAUUUUUCGAUCCCACAAACACCGAAUACACAGCAUUAAGAGAUAAAUGGGCUCUUGACACAUUAGAAGAGCUGAUGGAUUAUCUUUUGGAUGGGCCUGGAUCUGUAGGUAUUUUUGAUGCCACAAAUACCAGUAAAGCGCGCAGAAAACAAGUAUUAGAAAGAAUAAGAAACAGAAGUCCUCAUCUAAAGGUAUUAUUUCUUGAAUCCAUCUGUACUAACAAGGCUGUUGUUGAAAGUAAUAUUAGACUAAAAUUAUUUGGUCCUGAUUACAAAGGAAAAGACCCAAAGAAAUCAUUACUGGAUUUCAAAGAACGUUUAUCAAACUACAUUAAGGCCUACGAACCUAUCGAAGAUGAAGAAGAUAUCCAAUAUAUUAAAAUGAUCGAUGUUGGUAAAAAAGUAAUCGCAAAUAAGAUACAAGGUUUCCUCGCUUCUCAGACGGUGUAUUAUCUGUUGAAUUUUAACCUAAAGGAAAGACAGAUUUGGAUAACGAGAAAUGGUGAAAGUGAAGAUAAUGUAUUAGGUAAACUGGGAGGCGAUUCUCACAUAACAAGCCGUGGUGACAAGUACGCUAAGGCGCUUUCUAGAUUUAUUGACGAACAAAGAGCACAAUUCCUUGUUAAUGAAAUUGAAAAAAACAAAGCUGGACAAGAACAGCUCAAGAAAUUGGAGUCUGGAAACAUACAUGAUGUAGAUCUUGAUAAAGAUAAGUUACCAUCUGUAGCUGACUUAAACCAACCCGACCAACUUUACAAUGAGUUCUUUGUGUGGACUAGUAUGUUGAAGAGGUCGAUAGAAACAGCCAAAUACUUUAAUGAGGAUGAAUAUCCAAUCAAGCAAAUGCGUAUGCUUGAUGAAAUUAGUGCAGGUGAUUACGAAGGUAUGACUUUCCCAGAAAUACAAGCAAAAUUCCCAUCCGAAUUUGCCGAGAGACAACGGGAUAAAUUGCGCUAUCGUUACCCUGGCAUUGGCGGUGAAUCCUACCUCGAUGUUAUCAAUAGGUUGAGACCUGUGAUCACUGAGGUAGAAAGGAUUCAGGACAACGUGUUAAUAAUCACACACCGUGUUGUAGCGCGUGCUUUAUUGGGAUAUUUUAUGAACUUAAGUGUAGACAUAAUCUCUAAUUUGGACGUCCCACUUCAUUGUGUCUAUUGCUUAGAGACCAAGCCAUACGGUAUAACAUGGUCCUUAUGGGAAUAUGAUGAAGACAAAGAUACUUUCUUUAAAGUUCCUGAAUAUAAUUUGAACACAAAGCGUGUGAAAGAAGCAGGUCUAGUCAACAACGAAAGGAGAUACUCAGUGAUUCCUACCGCACCACCAUCCAAGAAUAAGUCUCCCUCAAAUACUAAUGAAAACAAGUCCACGAAACAAGGCACAGCAAAAGUAUCUUCACUAGGUAAUAAUGGUGCCACUUUACUUCCUCCUAAGCUAACAAGGUUAGAAGGUGGCGGAACUUCGGUUUCUAUUGGCCAAAGAAGACAAGUUUCCAACAGCAAAGGCUCUGCACUGCUACAAAAGGAGUAA